UUUGCCAUGCGGCUUGACUUCGCUGCCAAUUAAAGUAAUCAAACACAGCCAAAAUUCGUAAUCGAGCAUACCGUGGCUCUUGUCAGUCGAUAACGUUUGCCUAAUCUAUCAAAGCGCAAGCAAAUACUAGAAUGAACCACGCCGACCUUGGAGAACCAGUCUUCAAAGCAUCUCCAGAAAAGGACGAAGGCAACUUGACCAAUGAGAAUCCGCAAACUAUGAGCUUUGAAACGGUCGCUAAGGUCAAGGUCAUAGCGAAUCGAGCUGUUGCCAGGAGAAGAUCCUUAUUUGACUUUGAUAAUAGGGGUAUUGUAGACUCUGGAUUAUCCACACUUUCGCAUGCAGAUUUCCCAGCGACACCGAGAUUACGUGCGGCAUCAAACGACAGCUCCACCAAGGAGAUUGGGUUCGAUAAAGAGUUGAUAUAUGGUAUCCUUGACCAGGAAAUGACACAAAAGUUAUCUGGAAAGUACUACGAUAGCAAAGAAUGCGAGUUCUACUCCAAACAAAUCGCAGGUGCUGUAAAGGAGAGAAUUGACGCAUUGAAGAUCAAAAACUAUAAAAUCGUGUGCGUUUGUUACAUUUCCAAACGUUCCACGCCCGCGAUGAAGUUAGAAAGCGGUUGCGCUUGGGAUGAGCUUAUCACUGCCGUCGAUAAAGACGAUUUUGUUGACUGCGUGUUUCAAAACGAGUUUAUUUCUGCUGUGGGGACUGUUUAUGGUGUGUGUUGYACUAGGCUUCCUCAAAACAMARCUGCAAGAAGAAGCUCGAGUUUCCCCUCAAGGUCCAGAGGCAUAUCUGUGCCGAAUUGACACGAUUGAUCUAUCRAAAUUGCAAAUAAAUGUCAUUGACAUUUCAAUAUCYAAAAAAUGGCUCUAAAAUCUGGAGCUCAGUUAACUCUACCUAGCGGAGUAACUUAAUUAUACUAUAUCAAAGAGUAGUUUUAACUCAACCAAGAGUUCGUUUCAACUCCUCCAAGCCAGUAAAGCGUAACUCCAGAAAAGUACAAGAGUAGUUUUAACUCAAACAAGAGUUCAUAUUAACUCUUCUUAGAAUAACAGUAACUCCAUUUAAUUUUAAGCCCUAUAUAAUGCAUGUACAUAGAGAUUCGUUCGUAUAUAGUGCUGUAUGUAUGACGUAUAUGCCAAAAAGGCGWGACCAAAAUCACUUAUCGAUUCCGAUUGUAAAUAAAAAUAUUUGUAUU